AUGGCCGAUGCCGCACACGCACUGGAUCUGGCCCGAAUCCGGUUCCAACUUAUUCGUCUUGAGGACACAAUCACCUUCCAUCUGAUCGAGAGAGUGCAAUUCGCAUUGAAUGGUACGAUCUACGUUCCUGGAGCUGUGGAAUUACCUGAAGCGAACCUGAGCUUCCUCGACUGGUAUUUUCGCGAACAGGAGAAGCUACAAUCCCUUAUCCGACGCUUCGAGUCGCCUGACGAAUAUCCUUUCUUCCCCGAUGCAUUGCAAAACCCAAUACUCAAGCCUCUCAACUACCCCAAGAUCUUGCAUGAGAACAACGUCAAUGUGAACGACAAGAUCAAGAAAUUCUAUACCGAAAAGUUUCUCCCCGCAGUGUGCCCCGAUUUCGGACGCGAGGAGCGGGGCGAGUCUCAAGAAAACUACGGCUCAACCGCAACUUGCGAUAUUGCUUGUCUACAAGCUCUAUCACGACGCAUUCACUUCGGCAAGUUUGUCGCAGAGUCCAAGUUCCGAUCGGACGAGGAAAAGUACAUUCGGCUUAUCAAGGCUGAAGAUCGGGAGGGUAUCGCUGAAUCCAUCACUAAUGCAGCAGUGGAGAAGAAGGUCCUUGAGCGACUACGACUCAAGGCUCUGACAUACGGCAAGGAUCCCUCCAUCCCCGACGGAACCGAGGGAGCGGCGAAAAUCGAUGUCGACGCUGUUGUUUCAAUGUACAAGGACUUUGUUAUCCCAUUGACCAAGGAAGUCGAGGUGGAAUACUUGAUGCAAAGGCUAGAACCAAGUGCCUGA